AUGCCGGCGACACGACGACAAACUCGACUUGAAGAGGAAGAGCUUGAGAAGGCAAUUCAGGCAAGUUUGCGUGAAGAAUCUACCCGCAAGUCCACAUGUAAAGCCAAACCACGACUUACGAAGAAGAGAGUCAUCGUCACAAGCAAGGCGGUAAAGAGUCAAAGCCGUGUCGUCAAAAAGACAGUCCUAAAGAAGGUGGCCGCUAGACCGCCAAAGCUCAAGAUUACACUCAAAAUCCUAUACAGUCAACUCUCUUACAACGUGAUACGCAAGUUCAAGAUCAACCCUCCCAAGAAGGCAAACGACUAUUGGCCAUGGCCAAGAUAUCCUCGACUCAAACUUGGGCAUAACGCGUGGCAGCACCUGAAUUGGAGUGGUCCCACAGAAGAGCAAGUACGACAUGUACACGAGCUUCUUACAGACCACCACGCUAAAUUCGAGUUCGAUCGUUAUGUCGACAUGCCUGCACACGCCACCAAAUCGGUGUGCACCGUGGAUGUGAUCAUUCAAACCAUGUUCGCACAGUCAACUGAUAAUGCCAUUGCAAUCGACGUGCAUUCGAGGCUCUGCAAUGCAUUUCCCUACACGGCCGUCGAUGGCAGGAAAUAUGUCGGCAAGAUACCGAAUUGGCAUGACGUGCGUCAUAUACCUCCUGAAGAGUUGGAGACAGCUCUUAAAUCAGGGGGUCUCAAGGAAAAUAGGGCGAAGUGGAUUUCCCAAUUUCUAAACGACGUCUAUGACAAGAACCUCGAUCGGAGAAAGAAGGGCAUCUCGGGUUUCGAACACGACGGCAAUCCUCCUGGUUCCAUCGAAUUCGUACCCGGCAUGCUCUCCAUGGACUAUCUUACCGAACAGGAGGACAACUCAGAUGAAGCCUUGAUUGGUCGACUGACAGAUAUAGGCGGCAUAGGGUUGAAGAGUGCGUCAUGUAUACUAGCCUUCGCCCUUAAAAGGCCAAUCUUCGUGGUCGAUACUCACGUCUUAAGAAUGAGCAGGUCACUAGGCUGGGUUCCUCAGCAGUGCAACAACGUCAACGAGGCAGCUAUGUUCCUACACGCCGUUGUGCCUGACGACAUCAAAUAUGAUCUUCACAAUCAGAUAUGGACGCAUUGCGCGAACGAAAACAAUCGUGUCUCAGGAUCACGAGCUAUGAUAUGUGGUGUCUGUGGUGCCAAUCCACCACCUCAGGGCAGUGACGCCGAGGCGAUGUUGGCGCAUUGUCCCUUGACCAAACUCUUGCCAUCCUUAGAGAAGAGAUGGGGCAAUAGGUACAAACUGCAAUUGUUACAAGCCAGGGCUGGAAACACCGAGACUAAGGAACGAGAUGCAGAAAUGAAAGAUGUGAUGAAAGAGGAAGUCUUGCAGGGAGGCACCUCACCACCAUCGUCAGUCAGCACGCCGAAACUAAGAAACAGAACGAUAGAGUCCUUCUUCAAACAAGCUAAAAGACGUGCCGAAACUGAUGUCAAGACACCUCUCGAUGGUAAGAGCGAAGGUAGCCAGUCAGAUACUUCUCUUCACUCGUCAUCAACUACAUCAAACAAGAAGAAACAAAAGAAGCUUGACCUGAGAAGACAGUCUAUUCGCUUCGAAGAAGUUCCUGAAGAGCAGGUCGAGGAUGUUGUGGCAGCUGGUUAUUUACUAUGGGAAUUUCGGCCUAUGGACAACACGUUUAUGGAGGAGUGGGGCAAGGUUGACCAGUUCCCUCGGUUCAGGUGGGAAAGAGACGAUGUUAUGGAUAAAGACGUUGCGGUCACGUAUGAAUAUGCAAAAGCGGUUUUAGAGGGAAGGCAGAGGCACAAGUGGUCCGCUCAGAACAACGCCGUCGACAUUGCCACCAACCAGACCAUGCAAGCAGUGAGUCAAAUGCCGUCGUGA